AGGCUUAAAAUACUAAGUGGGACCUUUGCGUCCCUCUUCAGUCUUCCGCAGCAAGCUUCGCCGUCCCAAAACCAAAGUAUAAAUACAAAGGGUGUAGAUUUUCUUUCUCUGGUAAGCCUAAUACCCCAGGCCAGGCUCCAUGGAUAUGGUAACAAGCUCAUCCACGGCUGAAGUUGGGGAAUCCUCUACUUCAAAACCCACCUCCCACUUCUGGGCUAAGCUUGUACCAUUAGAUGCACAACUUUCAGAUGUUGAGAUAUGUUCAAAUGAGAUGAUAGUAAGUUCACAGGUCACGUCCUCUUCUCAAGAGAAGCAUGAAUGGUGCAGAAUAACAAGGAAUCCGGAUCUGUUAACAGCAAUGAUGAAAAAUAAAAGUUCAAAUGAUAUGCUUGUUGAUGAUGCUGUUGUCCAAAGAGAAGAUGUUGUUGAAAUAAAAUGUGGAACUGAAAUAGUUCUGGGUCCUAAUAGAGAGGGAUAUUUGAGCUACAAAUUUAAACUAAUGCCUGGUCCAGAAACCUGCAAAAGGCAAUUGAAGAUCUGUGUAGAUGUUGAGCAUGCAAAAUGCAGCAUCUGCUUGAAUAUAUGGCAUGAUGUUGUCACUAUUGCUCCUUGCCUUCAUAACUUCUGCAAUGGAUGCUUCUCAGAGUGGUUAAAGAGGUCACAGAAGAAACAUUCAAGUGUGCUGUGCCCCCAAUGUAGAGCUGUUGUACAAUUUGCUGGAAGAAACCAUUUUCUGUGGAAUAUUGAGGAGGACAUCCUGCGAGCGGAUCCUUCACUGAGACGUUCAAAUGAAGAAGUUGCACUUAUAGACUCUUAUGCAACUAUACGAUCAAACCUUGUCAUUAGGUCCGGAAGAGGUAUCCAAAGGAAAAGGGCUCAGGCGUUUUUGGAUGAGGUGCUUGACAGUGAAGAAUAUGAUAGUCAGGAAAGCGAUGAUGCAGGGCCUCAAUGCCCUCAAUGUGGCUCUGAAAUUGGUGGGUUUCAAUGCAACCAGCACACCAUUCAUUUACAAUGUCAAGUUUGUGGUGGAAUGAUGCCUUCUAGAGCUGAUAUGAGUGAACUACAACACUGUAUGGGAUGUGAUAGAACAUUUUGUGGUGCAUAUUGGCAUGCUCAAACGGUUACCAGAAGUGACUUUUAUCCUGUGUGCAAUAAUGAGAUUUUUAGACCGAUUUCAGAGCACACUAUCACUGGGAUUCCUUUCUUGGCUCAUGAAAUGAAUAGACAUGAACAAGAUAUCACAGAGAGGUGUAUUAGACAGACAGGGAGAACCUUGCAGGAAGUUGUUGCAGAAUGGAUUAGAAAGCUAAACAAUAGGGAAAUUGACCGAACAAGGAUGCCACUCAAUCAUGCUGAGAGGAUAACUGCAGCAACACAUGUUUGCAGCACUUGUUAUGAAAAGUUGGUCUCGUUUUUGUUGUAUUGGUUCCGGAUUUCAAUUCCCAAAUAUCUUCUACCCCCUGAUGCAUUGCAAAGGGAAGAUUGUUGGUAUGGAUAUGCUUGUCGGACACAGCACCAUAAUGAAGAACACGCACGCAAAAGGAACCAUGUAUGUCGGCCAACUAGGGGUGCUAAUGUUUAGGAUGAUUUUAUGUACAUAAUAGCAAUUAACAGUUAUUUAUGAUGGUAGACCUUGGAAAGAAGGUAAAAAUGGUACUUAAUUCCCCCUCCCUAUUUUGCUCCAAAAACAUGCUUCUGCUGUUAAAUCAUUGAUAUUUUGGAUGCUCUAAUGUGAAUUAAGGGUACAAAAGAGAGCUUCUUCUUCGUGUCUGAAGCAUUUCGGUAUA